GGGGAUUCCUAGAGUUGUUCUUCUUAGAACUUUGAGUAUAAGACUUUGAGUGCACACUUUAAACCGAGAGAAACACGUGUGUGGGUGAGGAUCAAACACUCGAGUGUGUGAGAUUUUUAUCUAACGUUUUGUGUUUAAGAAUUUUCAGGAACCAUGACUAGUAAGGAUGAAAGGAGCCGACCAGGAAAUUCUUUUGUUGGUUUAUCUAACUUGCAGAUGAGGAAGAUCAAUGAUUCUGUUGCUAACCUUAUACAUGCAGGUCUAUAACAGAUCCAUCAGAUGGACGAAAUUCAAGGUGUCCAACAGACUCGUCCUAAACCCGCAGCAAGGAGAGAACGCCCUAGGCGGACCAACCGAUCCAAUGACGAUUUUGGAGAAAGAGAGUUCCCUGAUGGCGACAGCAAGAGCCAAAAGAAGAGCUCAUCCACACAUGCACCUAUAGCUGAGCCAUCCAUAUUCAUCAGUGAAAAGCCCAAAGGUAAAUCUGAAUGCAGCUUUGAAGAUCUAAAAGAUUUUUCAGAUUCAUUACCAAUUUUUGAUGAAUAUGAUGAUGAGCCAACUGAAAGUCUGAUGAAUUGUGAGGAUACUUGUGAUUUUCCUACUCCUGAAUCUGAGUUAAUGCUUGAUAGUAAACUAACAUGUUUUGAGCCGGAGCUUCCGAGCAGUCUUAUUCUUAGUUCACAUGAUUUUGAGGAAGAGCCAUUCAACCAACCACAUCAUGGACGACUUCCUGGCACAAGGACACCUUUGGAUGAUGAUCUAGGUUCCAUAUUUGAUGAGGAAGACGAUCUUGGUCCAGUCUUUGAUGAGGAAGCACCAAGCAUCAACAUGGACAGUCAUCUUUGCUUUGAUCCCGGCACAACUCCUCCCAUUUUAUCCACUGACAUUCAAGAGCACUGUGAGAAACUUGAUUUGAUUUAUUCUCUGCCUGAAUUGUUUGUUGGAAUCAGUUCUCAUAAUGUCAAAAGUUUUGGUCUAGACAAUGUGAAAGAAUUUUGUGUUUCAAAUUCUAUUUUUGAUAACAUGAUUCAUUCUUUUGAGAAACUUGAACCUGAUAAACUCUUUGAUCAAAAAUGUUUUCUAAAUGACAAUGACAUCUCUUCUGGUCUUGUUUUGAGUUUUGAUCAGUUUCUGAAACAUCACAAAUGUUUUGAUCAUCUUGAAAAAUCAUUUGAGCUUGUUUUGCAACAACCAGAUUUUUGUUUCCGAAAACUUUGUGAUUCCUUUGUUUGUUUCAAGAAUAAUUGGUUUGAUCUGAGUUUCUCUAAUCAUGGACUGAUCACUGGUGAUUUGUUUGCAUUCCCUUGUGCCUUGGACGAAUUUAUGGUUAAGACUUUGCUAGAACAGAAAUCACUUAGAACUGAAACCGAUUCUUGUUGUGAUUCUGAUUUGAAACCUGCCCCUUCUUAUUUCGAAUCUGAUCUUGAUCUAAUGUUUUUGUGUUCUGAAUAUGAUCAACCUAGGCUCGUCUUGAAUAUGUUCUAUGGUGUUUCAUGCCUUGAAAGCAUUCUGAUUUGCAACACCUUCUUUGAAAAACAUAUUGAGCCUUGGAAAAGCUGAAAUGUGUGCAACUUGUUCUUGGAAAAUAUAGCUUGAUUUCUGAUUUACA